CCACCGUAUUCACUACCACGUGUUGAAGAAAUGAAUGGUCAUGAUGGCUGGACUACCGUCAAAGAUCGCGCGAUGAAGAAGCGCAUCCAAAAUCGUGUCACGCAAAGGACUUACCGGCAACGCGUGAAAGUUAGAAUGGCAGACCUUCAGGCAAAGCUUGACAAUUGCGAGAAAAAGCUUCAAUCAAGGGAGAACGACUACCAAGAUGUCCCGAUCGAUCCUCGCCAUAGCAAUACAGACCAAUCAAUACUCUCAACCCUUCCACACACUGCGACGCCUAUCUCCUGCGAUGAUGCGUUGCGUCUUAUUGAUAAUUCGGCGGGCAUGGAUGUGGACGAGCGCGUUGGAUCAAUUAUAAUGUACCUAGAAACCAUGGGUUUCGAGACUUUCGACGACCUCGUUCGUACAUACUACGGUCAACAAUUUGGGGAAGCAUCAUUUCUCUGUAAUGAGCAACGCUUGAGCCGUAAUAGGAGAUUUCCUGGGGUUAUUGCUAGUUUGUUCUGUGCCGCAGCGAAAUGGACUACUUGGGAACGCAGAGGUUUUCAAGAGGAGAUCUUGAAGGCCACAGAAGCGAUGUUGAUAUCGGAGAGUGUGGAAGCUCAUAUUGAUCUCCAAGCUAAGGCUGUACGCGCUCUGGAGGCUCCGAGGAGCUCUCUGUCCAGCGUGAAAUUGAUAGUGUCACCCUUGAAGAACAACAUUACAAGCAAGGUAAGACUUGCCGGAAACAGCAACGAGCGGCCUUGUUCACCUCGGAAAUCAAAAAGACUGACAGGGAAGCAGUUGCCUAAUCUCUGGGCAUUGAUGGUGGCACUGGCGGCGUCCACCAACCCAGGUUGGAACAAGGACCAUUCUGGUGCAGCGCUUGCAGCGAUUAUUCUCCUCCAGUGUGCGGGUCGUAUGGAAAAAGACACGGUUCUUGAGUUGGUA